UUAUUUUCAUACGCUUGUGUUCUGAGUUUCUAGGUUAUGACAACAUUCUCACUAUUCAAAAUCACUAUCAUUCUCAACACCUUUUAGAUCCCACGCAGGGAGUUUCAAAGAAGAACGAAGCAUAGACCCAACGGCACUCUGGUGCUUCUAGAGGGUUCCUUUCGUCACUGUUCUGCCACACCCUUUCAGGCUUUUCGUCGUGUUGCAGAUGUCACUUUAUAUUGGUAAUCUGUCAGAGGAUUCUCGAAGAGAUGAACUUGAACGUGUAUUCCGUCAAUUUGGACAAUGUAAUGUUCAGUUGAAAAGAGAUGGAUAUGGCUUUGUAGUAUUUGAUUUCCCUCCUAAUGCGGAAAAGGCUCUGAGAGCACUGAAAGGUAAAAGUAUAUGUGGGGAGUUGUUGACAGUAACGUGGUCCAACAAACAGCCUAGCACACAUUUUUCUAGAAUUUCUAGGGGUGGCAGAAGAAAUGCGAAUGAGUUUAGAAGGAAAACGGGUUUCAGGGGAUGGUCGAAUCAAAAGAUGGGAAGGGCAAAUUCUGUGGUUACACCUGAUGAGGAGAGGGGAUAUCGUCGUGAUGAUUUUAAAGAUUAUAUUGGGGAGGAAAAGGAUUAUGAUGGAGACUCUCCUGAUGAAGGGGGUGGAGUUAUUCCCAAAACGGAGGAAAAUGAUAGAUGGGGUGAGCCAGUUCACGACCUGGUUGACAACGGGAAUGAAAAUGCGAUAGAGUUUGAUCGUUAUGAGCCUUAUCAGGGCCAUGAUAGGAAGUAUGAGAAUGAAGAUUAUCAUGUUGGUUACUCUGGUGGUUCUCCUGAAGUCAAUUCCCCAGAGAAUGUGACCAGAGCACAUAUUGUUGAGGGUACCACAAAUCGUCCAAAUGGCUCAAAAUUCCAUCAGACUUGUUUUAGAUGUGGUGAUCCAGGUCAUAAAAUGCGAAAUUGUCCGAAAGAACAUUCUUCACAGUGGAGAUACAAUAGGUUGGGUGUUCGGCAAAAUAGUAGAAUAGACAAGAGCCAUGAAGAUGUGAAUAAAUUUGGAUAUGGGAUGAGGCUGCAGUCUACUGAGGAGGCUUUGCGAAUGAGACACCAGAGAGGUGGGAGGCGGUUAUCUGUAAGCAGAGAAACAUAUAGGCAUCAAAGAAAGGAAUACGGGGAAAAAAAGAGAAGCAGAAAUGAAAUGGAGUUGCCUAAAAGGUCUAAAGCAAAGAUACGCAAGAGGUCAGUCUCGUCCUCUUUUUCAUCUGAUUUCUCUGAAUCUCGCUCUCUUUCAAAUUCUCAAUCUUCCAAGUCAUUGCAAAAGUCUAGUUCCCGUUCUAGAUCAAGACCAGUGUCUUCUAGAUCACAUUCUUCAUCAUCAAAAUUAAGGUCUUUAUCCGUAUCACUCAGUUCGCCUUCAUCAUCUCCAAUUAAAACACGGUCAAAUUCAAAAAGCUCACCCAUUAAUGGUACAGCUGUUGAAACUGUGGAUCACUUACCUGCACAGGGGCAGACAAUUGGUGGCAAUAAAAUGGAAUUGGAGAAUUCAAAAUCCAAGGACACAUGUGUUGAUGUAAAUGGAAAAGCUGCAGCAGUUUAUGACACAGUUGUGAAUGACGUGGAAAAGAACCAAUUUGUACAGGAGGAUAAUCAUGAAAAUCAUGUCUUCUUAAAACCAUCUGACAGAGUUACAGAUCUAAAUGAACCACCUGUUGAGAAUUUAUCUCCAUUUAUAGUAAAAGGGACAAAGGGUCUUAGUCAUACCGGAAAACACGUAUUGAAUCCUGCUCCUGAAACUAAUGUCAAUCUCCAUUCUGAUAUUUCAACCAUUGUAUCUAUGGAGGAGAUGCACAUGGUUCUUAAUAAUUAUGGCUUGGAACUCCCAAAAGACGAUGAAAACAAUUUAACAGUUGAUGCCUUCUUUGGUUGUGCUCGGUUAUGGCCUUGGCAUCUUGUUUAUUACCGUAAGUUGAAGAAAGGCCCAAUCUCAACUGAGAACUAUGCCAGACGGGUUGCUCAGAAUCAGGAAUUCGGCAUUAUAGAUAAGUAUAUAAGAAGCAGUAGCGGAUGGGGAGAGUUUGGUUUUCAGAACUCGUAAUUAUUCUUUAUUGUUCAUACUGCUAAGAUGAUGAUGCCCUUUAGAUUCAUUCUCAGGGAGCUACAUGUUUUAUAUUGCCUUCUAGAAGGCUCGCAAUGGAAUUUAGAUGUGGUUACUAACUGCUAAAAAGGGUUGCACAAGGGAGCGGCGGGACUAGGGUGGAGUUUUUCUCUUCAUUCUGCAGUAUACAGAUAGCAAAUUGUGGAGAGACAUCGAGUUUUUGAAGAAAGUAGUUGUUCAACUCUUGUUUGUUAAUCUUUUUGAAACAUUUUGAAUAUUUUGGCAGCUAGAAUCUAAAACUCACUUUUAAGAAAGUGAUUGAUGAUACAUUUGUAUCAUUUCCUAUGAUGGUUUAUAGGUUACAUGUAUUAAAAUCUGGAUUCAUGCUUGCGAUAGGGAAAAAUGAUUAGAUUGUUCUACACUGCAGCUAAUGCUAAUGUUAUAACACAAUUAAUUUUUGUUAA